AUGGACAUGCUUCAAUCUCAUCAUAACGACAACAAGAUCAACCAAAUCCCUGAUCUUAGUGGUAUUCCAAAAUUAAACACUCCAAGCAAAGGAGAAUGGGGAGAAUAUGAAUCAGAAAAAGAAGAAAAACAAAAGACUCAGAAAUCAACAACACCUGCUACCUCGUCAAAGCCUUCAAUUUCUGCAACAACGACAAACAACCAAGCUCAAACUCCUUCUGGAAAAGACUUGGCUCAACAAGAUGCAAACACAUUUGACAAUGGGUAUGCAGGUGAGUCUGAGCCUUUGAAUUUUGCAGAUGAAAAGAGAACAAAACGAAAAUAUACUCGUCGGAAGAAAAAGGACAAGACCGAAGAAGAAGGAAGUAGUAGAUACCCAAAAUCUGUGGCUAGACAUUUCAUGACAGACUUUACAAAUGAUGACGAAGAGGGACCACAAUUCAAAUUCCUUAAUGAAAACUUAUUGAAUGGAGAAUGGCUGGAUGACGUUUAUUGGGACGACAUUGGUCCAAAACCUCCACAAAAGUUGCUUCUUGACAUGAAUGACAAGUCAAUGUUCUUUGUUGAAGCUAAUUAUCCUGAUCAAGCUGAAAAGGAAGAAGCCUUUUAUUCCAUCGAACAAAACAUUUAUAACAUUUCGAAUGACUCCAAAUAUGAAGGUCAAAAAAUUAAGGAUCAAGGACAAAAGACAGGUGCAAAAAAGUAUACUGUCAAGCACUCACUUCCUGCACUUAGACUUGAUCCAGAACUGUACAGAACUCACAUUCCUGACGCUGAAUUACGUAGACUUCACCAUCGAAAAACGAAAUUCAAGGCCAAUGAAGUCAUGCCUGUUCUUUUCAGAAAGCCAAAGAAAGAAAAGAAAAAGUCAAAGAAAAAGAAGGAUUUGGAGAAGAAAAAAGACUUGUCCGCUAAUGACCACCGUGUAAUUCUUAUGGAAUAUGUGGAAGAAAGACCACCACUUUUGAACAAUGUGGGAAUGGGCACCAUGAUUAUGAAUUAUUACAAGAAACCAAACUCUGCGUUCGAAAAAGUACCUGAAUGUGAAGAUGGUAUUCCUAUCAUUGUAGAAUCAGAAGAUAGCGUACCUCUCAUUACUACUCUGGUAGAUGGUGAAUUUGUGACGACCACUGAAAACAACAUGUUUCGUGCUCAAAUCUACAAAAACCAAGUCCCUUCAACUGAUUUUCUUCUGUGCACUAGAAAGUCAAAGGAUGGCAAGACCAAGUUCUACAUUCGUGAAAUUCCAAGAACUUAUACAGUCGGUCAUACACAGCCUCAAGUGGAAGUCACUCCUCCAAGAACUCGUGCCUCUGAAAGUUAUACCAAUAAUCGUUUGACUCUUUUCAUUUUCCGUUCAUUCCUUGACCAAAUGAAAAAAGGUAAAAAGCAACUCAAGAUUAGAAUUGAUGAUAUCAAGGAGGCCUUCCCAGAUUUUCCUCAUCAAACAAUUCGAGAAAGGCUCAAGGCACUUGCUACGUAUGACAGAGGAAGUGGUGUAUGGACAGCUGAUCCAGCAAAGCCAAUUCCUUCCGAGGAAGAACUUCGUAAUCUAGUUUCUCCUGAAAUGGUCUGUAUUAAUGAGUCCAUGUUAUCUGGAGAUCUAAGACUGAACGACAAAGGAAUAGAUGAUGAGGCGUCCAUGGUAGCAUUCGAGUUAUCUUUUGCAAAGGUCGAGGAGAAGUAUCGUGACACCAUUCGAUUUAUUGAACGUGAAAAAAUUGAAUUACCUUGGGACAAAACUAAUAACUUCCAUCUCUGUUUUAAGGGUGGUAAAGAAGGCGUAAAAUUACAGCUACUUAGCAUUGUUCAUCAAAACAUUACAAAUCCAGAAAAGUUGAAACAACUUGUUGAUGAAACUGAAAAGAGAAUUCAGAGUGAAAUUGAAGAAAUUUUGCCUUCCAUGACAGACACAGAAGCUAAGAGAAUCCUCUUGAAUAAUAAGUACACAGAGGAACAACUAAGAAACAUGACCCGUGCCGAUCGAAAGAUGAAUGCGAGAAAGAUUUUAAAGCAACAAGGUUAUCAACCAGGUGUAGAAUAUAAUCGUGACUCUCUCUUUGAUGAAAACAACACCAACGGUGCCAUGGAUAGUAAUGCCAUUGACAGCAGAAAGAAUGCUAAAGAUAUUGCUCGUAUUAACAUCUUUAAAGAAGUACUUCAAGAUGUUCUCUUUAGAGAAGCCAUGAAACUGGAACAUGGCCUAAACUUUUAUGAAACUGCUGAUGAAGUUAUUGAUCAACUGGUCGAGAAAAAGCUUGGUCGUUUGAAGGGAGACAAGGAACUCGAGCUUGAAAAGAUGGUCGCUACUUCCAAACAGCAAAUGUUAAAAGAAAUUGAGGAAAGUGCAGAAACAGGAAAGAAAAAACGAGGAAGAAAAAGCAAACAACCAAGUGUCGUAGACGUUGGAAAGCGAUAUGUUAAAAAGACGACAUACAUCACCAAUGAAGAUGGAACUACCACUGAAAAAGUUGAAUACAUCAAAAAUCCAACACAGGUGAGCUAUUAUGAAUCAGUUGUAAAAGGAAAGAGAAGACAAAAACACUUUUUAGGUGCCACUGAAGACGAAGUUUUGUUGGUCGGUCCAAAAGAAAGAGGUAGAUUGCAAGCUCUUUCAAGAGAAUUCAAAAAGAAGUUCCGUUCUGACAAACAAACAGCUAGCGAAAAGUUAAACCAAGAAAAGAAAAAACGAACAACUGCUAUCAAGAAUGCCUCGGUGACAACAACCAGAAAGCAACAAACAAAACAAAAGCGACUAAAGAGAGAACAAAAGAAAGAAGAAGAGAUGCAAAAGAAGGAAAAGAGAGCUGCCGUCUUGAAGAAGUUGGACUCCAAUACUGGAGGUGCCAUCAUUCUUCCUGAUGAAUCUUCUUCCUCGUCUAAAAAGAAAGAAAAAUCCAAAGACAAGGAGUCUUCGAAAAAGAAAAGUAAAUCCUCCAAAGAGGAUGCUUUGAAAAUUACCAUUUCUCCAGCUUCCAACGACAAGAAGAGAAAGGGAGAAGGUUCUUCAUCAGCAAGCGCAUCUGAAAGUUCAACCAAAAAAACAAAAGUACAAUAA